AUGGCAUUAUCAUACGAUCAGUUGUGCAAAACAAUUGUAAACGAGUUUUAUGGCCGAUUCGAGAACCAGGGACACCCGGAGACGUUAUUCGCGCCAAUCGAAACGAUCAAGGAAAUAUUAUCAAGAAAUACAUUAGGCAAGCUUUACGACAGUCUCAAAGCAGAGGCUGUCCCAGUGCCCGAGAAUGUAGAAGCUCUUAUUGAAGCGAUCGAAGCCAAGAUGCUCUAUGAGUUCCUAGCCGUUCUACUUUUCGCAAGAUGCUCACUCGGCGCGGCAAAGGCCUUUUUGGAGAGGUUGGUGUUGGGGCCCGAUGCAAAAGAACAAACCUCACGGGCUGAGCUGCCACACUACCUGCCAAAAAAGCUAGAAUAUCUUGAAACCCUCUUCUUGGGAAACAACGUGGACACGCAUAAUUACAAUGACGCGAAGAUGUUCUAUCAUGCGCAGCACUUUUUUUGCGUGAUGGUGGUUGGGCGUCCUGGCAUAGCCACAAUCAAGGCAGACGGCACACGAUCUUUGCCCUGGAUUGAACAGAAAGGAGAGUCGCUUGGUGAAGGAGCAUUCGGUGUUGUGAGUGAAGUGUGCAUUCCCCCAGGUCAUUACACCACCGACGGAGAGUUUGGCGCAUUCAAUCAAAAGUCAGAGCUGGUUGCUCGGAAGUCCUUUCGCCAUGCAGCUAAACCAGGGCAAAGUUUUCUGAAGGAGCUACGGAAUAUCGAAAAGAUCCUUCGCAGCAAUUCGACGCACAGCAAUAUUCUUACACAUCUGGCUGCUAUUGUCAAAGAAACACCGUCUCCCGAGUUCUUUCUCCUAAUGCCCUUGGCAGAAAUGGACCUCAAAAGCUAUAUGGAGGAAGAUCGAGAAAUGGAUAUAGCUUUCAAGGCAAGCCUCAUCAGCUCCGCCAUUGGCCUGACAGAUGGGCUCGACUUUCUCCACAAUGGAAUGAAAGAUGAUGAGGGACAAAAAUAUAUCGGCUAUCACCUAGAUCUGAAGCCUGCCAAUGUUCUUCUUUUUAAAGAUCCAGGUCCUCGACGGACCAGCACUUCGAAUGAUGGUGAAAGGGUUCUAGAUCCUUCGGAGAACCCCGAUUCAAAACAUGAAAAAAUGAUUUGGAAGAUCAGUGACUUCGGUAUUUCAAAGAUCAAGAGCCUGGAGAAGAGCCAAAAGACAGAUCUAUAUGAUCUUUUCGAAACAAAUAAGUACGAAGAGAAUGGGGCUAGCGCUACCCAUAAUGUUGGGGGGCUAGGUGAAUUCAUGGCCCCGGAGGCCGACAGCAAAAGGCGCGAGAUGGACGACAAGAGCGAUGUAUGGUCUUUGGGGUGUAUCAUCAGCGUGUUGUUCGCAUACAUGGAAGAUGGAAGACGAGGGGUGGAAGAAUACAGUCAAGCUCGGCUGAAACAAAGCAAGAUGGAUGUUGCCACAUUUUGGCAGUCUAAUGUCCUCUUCUUGUUAUCCUCGGUCGACAUAAACAAAGAAGUCUCAUCGAAGCAUGCGUCGCUAAUCGCGAAGGCUCGUACACGCAACGCGGGGCAAGAAGCAGCAGCCGUAUCAUACAUGCUGAGAUCCUUGGAGAACAAGGUACUUAAAACUAAGAAGAAGGCGCGCUGCAGUGCUGCGGAUAUACUUGAUCAGCUGCGGAAAACGUUGAGGAUAUAUUCCGGUGAGAUAGAUGGGCCGGUCCCUGGGCCGGACCCAAUGGUAUCGGACCGGAAUAGUUCUGAAUUGUGGGUUCUCAAUCACUGCGGCCUUGGUCUUAAGCUCACCUCUAACAGGCAUGCGAAUGUCGCUCAAGGGCUACUGGCUACGGACAAGACAGUGGAGUUCGACGGAUGCGCGAUCUCGCUGAAUGGCAAGUCUUUUGCUUACUGGAAUGUAAAAGUCAUUCUCUAUUUCUACCACGACGCGACCCCAAGUGAUGCAGUGGCGCAACGGACACCGACAGACUGGCUGAAGAGUCUGCCGAUUGACAGGCUGAAGCGAGGUUCAACAGAUACGUCGAGGGAAUCGAACCUCCCAUCAAUCUUGACACCACUUGACAGACUAAAACCCAAUGAUGCCGGCGAGUCUUGGAAGACAGUAAAACUGACACAUAAUCAUCUGGUUGCCAUAAGCAAUACCCACCAAGCAAGCCAGUGUUAUGUGUUCUCGACCACAGGAGAAACCAGUUUAGUCAAGUUCGACAAAGUGAGGCUACCGUACAAGCACGUUCAUUUUCUAUCAGUCUGUCGCGAUCGAGAAACCUUAAUCUGCCUCCUAAGCGACAAUGAUGGAAACAGCUUCCUCUGGAGGGCUGAGAUUGGGUGGACUGAACGAGAAUCGAGUCAUGGUGAUAGCAUGGAAUGGCCUCAAUUGAAGGGAAAGAAGACCUUCUCGCUUGACUGGAGUGCUACAAGCAUCAUCAGUAUUACUCUCCAGACCCACGAUAUCUGUUAUAUUGUACUUCAGGACGACGACAACCCCCGCAUAUUGACAAUAAUCCUGUACGACCUUAAAUUAAAUGAGUAUGCUGAACGCCGUUUGGUGCUGCAGCCUCUUAACAAUUCCAAAUCAAGGCUGUUUAACAAUAUGGACUGCUUUCACAAGAACAGUCACGGGUCAGAAGCAAUCAUGGUUACACAUUCGGCACGAAUCUGGCAUCUCAAAUCUGAAGAAACACGUAUCGGCUUGACAGCCGAUCGUCAUCAGGGAGGAGAUGAGUAUCUUCUACUAAAGAUCGCUACGUGUCAGACGACAAGAAAGAUAUUUGCUCUGGGCUCGUCUACCGGUAGACGCGAUAUCGUACUGCUGGCAAUCGAACUUGGAAGAACGGAUGUCGAUCCGGAAGUAACACGGGUGACAAAGCUAGAUGGUCUCUCAAAAGACACUAGCGAGCUAGACUUGAGAGUCCUUCACAAAGAGAAUAGAACGGCUGUUCUGGUUAUAGCUGUCAGGCCAGAAAAUAAAUCCUGCGUAUAUAGAAUAGAUCUAAGAUAG